UGCGGCGGGCGCGGCGCUCCCGGUGGGCGGCGCGCGGCCGGAAGCGGAAGUGAGCGGCGCGAUCAUGGUGCCGCUGGGGCGGGGAGGGAGCGGCCGCCGGCGCCCGAUGAGCCGUUGUGGCCGGAGCUCCCGGUAGCGCGGAGAGAGGCGCGGAGCCAUGGGCGAGAACAGCCCCGAGGGCAACGUCAUCUACUAUGAGGUGGAGGAGGACGACCUGGCCCAGGAUGACAAUAUGAUGAGGUUUGCUGACAAAAACGGGCUGGUGUCCUCCUCCUCCGGGACGGUCUAUGACAGGACAACUGUGCUCAUCGAGCAGGACCACAGCGUGCUGGAGGAGGAGGAGGAUGAAGGACAGUGUGGUGAUCACUUGCCUUUUUUACCAGAGGGUCACGAAGAAGGAUUUCACUUAAUAGCAGAUCAUGAAGGAAUGUCCCAGGGUUAUGUGCAACACAUUAUUUCUCCAGAUCAGAUUCAUCUAACAAUAAAUCCUGGGUCAACUCCCAUGCCCAGGAACAUCGAAGGAGCAACCCUCACUCUGCAAUCUGAAUGCCCAGAAACCAAGCUCAAGGAAGUGAAGCGCUACCAGUGCACCUUCGAGGGCUGUCCCCGCACCUACAGCACCGCCGGCAACCUGCGCACGCACCAGAAAACCCACCGCGGGGAGUACACCUUCGUGUGCAACCAGGAGGGCUGUGGCAAGGCCUUCCUCACCUCCUACAGCCUCAAGAUCCACGUUCGAGUGCACACCAAGGAGAAGCCAUUCGAGUGUGACGUGCAGGGCUGUGAGAAGGCGUUCAACACACUGUACAGGUUGAAAGCACAUCAAAGGCUUCACACAGGGAAAACAUUUAACUGUGAAUCAGAAGGCUGCAGCAAAUACUUCACAACGCACAGUGACCUGAGGAAGCACAUUCGAACACACACAGGAGAAAAGCCAUUUCGGUGUGAGCAUGAUGGCUGUGGGAAGGCUUUUGCUGCAAGCCACCACCUCAAAACACAUGUUAGGACACAUACUGGGGAGAAACCCUUCUUCUGUCCCAGCAAUGGUUGUGAGAAGACUUUCAGUACCCAGUACAGUCUCAAGAGUCACAUGAAAGGUCAUGAGAAGGGACAUACCUAUAAUGCACUUCCCAAUAACAACGUGUCUGAGGAUACAAGCCACUCACUUUGUCUGAGUGAUUUAAGCCUCAUAUCAACAGAUUCAGAAUUGCGGGAGAACUCUAAUCCAACACAUGGACAGGACCUCAGCACAAUCUCACCAGCAAGCAUCUUUGAGUCUAUGUUUCAGAGCCCAGACCACACUGCAAAUCAGGAUGACUCUCAGCAGACAGCUGCCUUGAUUGAAGGGUUUAACGGCGACACGGACUCGGUUGCUGCGGUCCCGCCCCCGGCAGGAGACGCGGCGUCGUUGUCCCUCCCCCUGGUCCUGCAGCUCGGCCUCUCCGAGCCCGCGCACUCAGCACUGCAAGCCUCAGCAGCGCCUGCUGCUCCCUCCUCCAUAGCACCCAGCUCACAGCCUGCAUUUGGGAAUCCUGCAACUGUUUUACAGUCCCCAGAAGUGCCUGUUCCUCACAGCACACAGUUUGCAGCCAGUCACCAAGACUUCCUGCAGCACACCCAGCCGCCGCAGCCCAUCGUACAGGGACUGUCAGUGGUUGCUGGGGCUCCUGCCCCGACAGCCCCGAGUGCUGAGCCCCUGCCAGCUGUGGUUCAGACUGUGCCUGUGGGUGCCAACCCCGUUCUGACCAGUAACCCCACUAUCACCAUUACUCCUUCUCCGAGCACCGCCAUUCUGCAGUCUAGCAUUGUCAUGGGAGAGCAGAACUUACAAUGGAUCCUGAACGGUGCCACUGGUUCCCCACAAAGCCAAGAACAAAUGCCACAAGUUCCAAAAGUAGUAGAAAAGGUGUUUUUUACCACUGCAUUACCAGUAGCUGGCAACACAGGAAACCCUGUUCAGCAGAUUGGUCUCAGCGUUCCUGUCAUUAUUAUAAAGCAGGAGGAGGCCUGCCAGUGCCAGUGUGCCUGCCGAGACUCUGCCAAGGACAAAGCCACUGCCACUGUUAAGAAGGAAUGUUCCUCACCUGAUUCAAAAGCUUUGGAGCAGCCAGCACCCCAGCUGCAGCCUCAGACCUUUCCUUCCUCCUCCGCUCCUCCUUCCUGUGGGCAGAGCAGUCAGAUAGUUAACCCUUCAGACUCCCAGACUGAAACAUUAAGUGCCAUGGAUGUAUCGGACUUCCUGUCCCUCCAAAGCCCUGAAACCCCAUCUAAUAUAAUUCCAAUUGAAGCACUACUACAGGGUGAGGAAGAAAUUGGUUUGAAUAGCAGCUUCUCUAAGUGAAGAUGUUCCAGAUUUUCCUUUGCACCUGGAGGAUAAAACCCUUCUCCUUAGAAGCAGAAACUGAAGGAUUGAUUCUUAUUCCUUCCUCGCUGGAAGUUUUGUGGCUUAUUUCUGCUUCACAGGUGGCAUCUUAGUCACAUCCCAGGUACAUCCACCUUCGAGAUUCUAUCUAAGAAAAAAAAGGUAAAAAAAAAGAAAAAGAAAGAAAAAUCUAAGUUAUAUAUGAACUAUUUUGGCUGCACUGUCUGUCACUUUUGCUUGUCAUAUGUGAACACAGAAGAUUACUCGUGUGCAAAAACAUUUUAAAAAGGAAAAGGGGGGUUAGUUUGUCUCCAAUUGCACAUCACUUAUGUUUGGGAUUAAGGUACUGGCAGCAAGUGGGUCUUUGUUACAACCUCUUGGGUCUAUAAUUUUCUCCUGUCUCUGAUGUCUAUACUAACCAUGCACUAAAGGGGAGCCCAGGAAAGGAGACUGCUGGGGGAGGAAAUGGCAUUGCUGUGGGAGAGGAUUUAUCUGCAAUGUGAUUGGAAUGCAAUUGUCACAUCCCUGAUGGGGAGCUGGUGCCUGGGUUUGCUGUACUAAUGCUGUUACUAAAGCCUGCAGGAACUUCAGGGGAGUUUAUUUUGGCAGGGCACAAGUACCUUGUUCCCCUGUUAGAUCUGUUCAUUUAAUCCAUUAGGACUCCAGUGUGUUCAGACACCGUGUCACACACGGCAGUGCAGUCAGAGCUGCUGCUGCCUCAGCUCCAGAGUCUGUUUCCUGUGCCUGUCUUCGAAGGGUGCAGUGAGUCCCAGGUGUGGUCAGGUUGGUGCCUGCUGCUCUUUUGAUUUCUUUGGCUCUGUUCAGCAACAAGUCAUCAUCCCAACCCCAGGACUGUUGAAUCAGAAGCACGGUGCCUUUGCUGGUUACUCUCAUAUUUUGUGAAGAACAACUCUAGGAAAAUUUUCAGAAAGAUUCAACAUAAAUUAGUUUUUAAUUCAGUGAGUCUGUCCUCCAGCUGUCCAUAAAUGCUUCCUUUUUUUCUGGUGAGCUAUAUAAUUUCUGCCUGACUCUGUCUCCAGCCUACUGCAAUGCCAGCUUUUUCUGCAACGGGGCUAUUUCUUGACUAAAAGAUGUUACACAACAGAGUAGUUUUUCAUAUCAAACUGAGAGUCUAUAUUCUAACCUACUCAGGGUAAAUCAAAUCCAAACCCCCCCUUCCACCAAAAAGCCUGUAAUGUUGCAAUAAAUGCAGUCUCAUUCUAAAUGGUUUAUUUAUGCUGCAUUAUUUUAAAAGAUGUAAUUUUAUAGUGUUUCAUCCAUCUUUCUGGCUUUGGCUGUCAGUCUUCUUGUGUUAAAGGAAAGAAUAUUAAAUAGGUUUUAUUCAGUUUACAGUGUUGUUGUUAGUGAGAUACAAAGAUAAUGACUGUAAGCCAAUUAGUGGGGAGUGUCCCUGCACUCAACUUAGGAAUGCAAACUGUAGUGGAUAGAGAUGUUUCACUCUUUGUGUUUGAUCAGAGCUGCUCUCUGUGCCUGUGUGGGAGAACCCUGUGAGUGCUGCUGGGUGAUCAGCAGGUGUUUAACUCCUCUGUGUAGCCUGAGGACAGCACUGUCACCGCUGAGGUGGGACAGUGGCUUCAGCACAUCCCUUGGGAAUGUGCUGCCCCAGCAUGGGUGGAAAGGGGCUGAAGGGAACUUUCCCCUCUUGGACAACUUGCUUCCAGUCCAGUGCAGAGGGGUAAAGCCACGUCCUGUGAGGGUGAGCAGCUGUGCCAGGAGUGCUUCGUGUGGCUGUGCUAGGGCAGAGCUCGGUGCUGGCAAUCGCAGGGACAAACUCGGGGGCACCAGAUGCACUGGUGGUGUUUCCUCUGGAGGUGUGGCAGUGCUCUGCAGGGCUCUCACUCUGGGUCCUGCAGCAACAAGGGUUUUAUCCAUGAAACACAGGUUAACAAAGCAUUUUGUGUUUUGUUCCUGUAAUGGCAAUCUCUGGAGGGCAGCAAGGCAUAGGCCCCUUUGCUUUUCUCCUUCGUUUUGUGCUGCAGUUGGGUUGCAGGUACCAAGAACUGCUUUGAACACAAAAAAAAAACAGUCCCAAGCCUGCAUGGCUGGGACUUUCCUCGCAGGGAUGAGUCUCCUGCCAGCUCUCGUGCACAGAGCUCCACUUGGAAGGGGGGUGAGGAGCGCCUGAAGCUGUGUAGGGGUCCUGGUGCCCCUCACUGUGGCCUCAUGCCUCUCCUUUGGCAUAGUGCAGCAGUGGUGUUCGAAGAUGAGUGGGUAUGGGAUGAGUGUGCCUGUGGGAGACUGCUGAUGCGGGAGUGUGGAGAUUCCCCUGGAGUUGUGGGGUUUUCUCUGAUGGGGACAAGUGUCCCAGAUGUGGCCUGCACUGUGACAGCUGGCGGAUUUAGCAACCUCUUCUGAGCCUUUGCAGCCUUCAGGGUGGCGUUUUUACUUUUGCUACUUGUGACUUAGUCCACUAAAACACUCUUGGUUGGACCAGAGAGCAUCUUCAGGAACUCUUUUGUGACAGAAAUGAGUAGAAGAAACUACCAAAGUCUCUGAACUGGGAAACUCCAUGUGGAGCUGCAGAGAUGGGCAGCAGUUUCUGGGGUCAGUGUCUGCUGUUUGUCUUCACAGCUACUGUUUUCUUUUGGUAUGUUCCAGGAAAAGCACUGUGUCCUGCUGACUCUUUGGUGCAUUGGGUUUGCCACUGCCCUCUUUUAGGUGCACCAGGCAGGCUGUAAUUCAGGUGGAACUGGUUAGAGAUUGUACUGAGGCAGGAGCGUGCGAUUCUGUGAGUGCACGGGUUGUGCACCCACCCAGCUGUGUUGUACAGGUGUGUGCUUUUGUUGUUUCUCAUUGGUCUGCUUUCCAGAGUGUUGGUGUGGUGUGUGUCUGAGAUGUUUUCACAUUUGCAUUAUCCCCAGUGCUGUGUGAUCAGACGUUAUGCUCCGGGGCGUUGGUGUUGUGCUGGGAUGGGAGGAGAUCCAAGGGCAGCUGCAGCAAAGCCCUGAGAUUCCACAAGGCCAGAAAAUUUCAUGUCUUCCCCUUUCUGCCCCAGCAUGUAGCAUAUUCACAAUAACAUGGUUAAUAAAGGGGAAAGUUUCUGCCCUUGCAGAUUUGGUGAGAUGUUGGAUUCCAAGAAAGGGGCAUGUCUCAUUAAUAAGCCAGAGCCUCCCGGAACAGCGUGCCCUCUGCAAAAUCUGCAUGAACCCCUUCAACUGUCAGUCAGAGAGCAAAACUGCACUGCUCUGGGUCACCUGUGUUAAAGGUUUUUGCUGGUUUGUGCUAGUGGGGAUUUACUUGGUCACACACAAUUUCUAGGUGGGUGCAGAAGCUUAAACAUGUAGAGGGGGUCAAGUUACCAGCGUUGGUAGCUCUGAUAGCCAAGCAGGAACUUGGGUGAGCAGACUUGGUGUGCAUCUGAAAGCUGGAGAAGCUGCUUUUCAUGCUUGUAGGUGGUGGAGAGAUGGAAAAUCAGCACUGAUUGAAUGCUGGUACUGAAUUACAUUGAACAAAGUACGAGUUGGGCACUUGUGUAAGGCUGAGUGUGCCCAGGAAGACUAGUUCGCAGAACCUCAUACUGGUAUCUAAAAUGCACUUUAGGUUAUUUUAUCUUUAACCCAAUUGCUGCAAUUUCUUUUGUAUAUACUUUCACAAAGUUUAUUUUUUGCUCUGAGUAAAAGUUAACAGGGGUGUGCAAAGAUGAGCACUUAACUUGGUGCAAUACCUGUAGCUAAAGAUUCUUGUCCCAUGUGGUCCGUGUGUGUCUGUCUGACAGAACAGGUGUGGUUGGUGCCGUGCUGCCCUUCCCCCAUGCUCCAGACAAAUUAUGCAUCGUUAGUAAACGUCCAAUCUAUGCAAAUACCCCACUGAGAGCACUGUGCUUCAUCAGCCUUUUCUCUCACGCUUUCUGGGGGCUGCUUGUCACUCCUGUUGGACACACUGUGUCCCUCACUGUGUGUCCUUCCUCCCCUGUCCUCGGUUUGCCACCCACGUGGGAACACAAGUGACAAGCUGCUCUCAAACAGGCAUGUUGCACCUUUGAAAUUUGUCUUCAAGAUGGUUUCUGAUGUCCUGUUACUGCCUUAUUGCUGGGGGUGGCAUGGCCACAGCCAUCCACAACAUUGUCCUUGACCUGCAGCAGUGCUGUGAGCUGUUCACAGCACUCCUGCUCCAGGAUAGCCCGGGCUGGGAGCCAGAGCCAGCGACCAGCCCGUCCGUGUGGAGCGUGGGGGAGGCUGAGCUGAGGGUGGUUGUCCUCAGGUGAUUGGGGAUGAGCAGCUGUCCCUGGCUUGGUUCCUGAGUUGAGGCAGCCAGGGCAGUGGGGCAGAGCAGACGGGACCUGGUGUCGCAUUCUCGCCUCUGCUUCUGGCCGGGAGACACCGGGCAAGGCACGGAACCUGCCUGUGAAAUGAGGACAGGGGAGUUGUCUCUGUGAAAUGAUUUGAGAUCUGUGGGUGAAAACUUCUUGGCAUGAGUGAUCUGAGCUAGCUGGGCAGAACUGCUGGAGUCAGUUUGGACUGUAAGACAAAGAAGAAGAGCAUGUCUUUAAUAAACCCUAUAAAUUUCUGACUGCAGAGUUUUUAAUUGUACACUACUUUUUCCGUAACAUAUUUUGGAAGCAAUGUCAAGUUUUUAUAAAUGUUAUCUGUAGUCGAUACUCAUGGACAGGGCUGAACUUUUAACUUUUUUGUGUCUUGUCUUGGGUUCUAUCACAUGUUCUAGAAGUUGGAUUCUGUGUCUGCACUGAGAAAUGCAAAUUAAACUGGAUAUUUAUGUAGUAGUGUACAUAGUCUGAGUGUGUGUGUUCUUGGAACUAGUUGAAAACCCCACCCUGUGCUGUGGUGGUGUGCAAGCUGGCCAAAAUUUGGUUCAUUAUGCAGUGUACACUUUCUCAAAUAAAUGCAGUUUCUACUUUUUCUGAAAAUUUUGAGAUUUUUUUUUUCACAUAACUUUUUUCAGCAGACUUGAGGGUGUGUUUGCAGUGCUGUAGUUGCAGUUGCUGGUGUUCCUGGUUUGUGACUCUUGUCCUCCCACUGCUCAGGCUGACCCUGCUUUGUUCUGCCUCCCCUGACCCAGUGCUGGCAAAACCCAGCCUGGUUCCACCCCGGGGCCUUGGAGGUGGCUGAACUAAACCCCAGUUUCUCAAGAAUGUGUGUAAUGUAAUAAAGGAAUUUAUUUAACUCUGAAACAUGGGAACAAACGUGCUUACAUUGAGCAAUGUGAAGAUGUUAGUUACAGGUACAGUACUUCCAAAGGAAGAGCAUCUCCAAAACCCAAAAAAGAGUAAAUAUGAAUUUGUAUUUUUUGAAGAAUGUGAAAUAAUGGUGUUUGCUUAAUUGCUCAUUUUGUAUGAAGUUAAUAUUGUACUUUGAAAUAUCUGCAAAGAAGUGGAAAUUAACCUUUUUGGAAUUGAAAGCAAUAUUAAUACUAAUGGAAUCCUAAUUAAAUGCUUAUUUAAAUACUGUGUUAUAA